CGCGUACAGGAGACUAGAGAUAGACUAGAUUAGACAGCCCAGCCUGCCACCGAAGCACCUUGGCUGCCUUCACAGUCUCCAACGAUAGGAGUCAUGAAAGAGGUACUCCUCGACGCAAACUUCCCAAGAGAUGCCACUGGAGCCACUUACCACGUUGGCACUCGCCCUGGACAGGUGGCCAAUCGCAUCAUCACUGUAGGCGACCAGCUUCGCGCACGCAGGAUAGCAGCCCACUUUGAUGGCGGGGCGGCCAGCUUUGAGUUUCAGAGUCAAAGGUCCUUCCUCACACUCACGGGCACAUUCAAGGGAGUGCCCUUGACAGUCGUCUCGGUAGGCAUGGGAUUCUCCGUAAUCGACUUCUUCCUACGGGAAUGCAGAGCAGUAGUCGAAGGAGAGAUGAUCAUAGUUCGUCUAGGAUCGUGCGGCUCAAUAGACCCUUCCAUUCCAAUUGGCAGCGUCGUCGUCCCCCUCACAUCAUACGGCAUUACCCGCGAGUACGACUACUUCCACCCGCUGACCACAGCCGAAGAGCGUGCAACGGGAGCCAUGGAGCCGUACAAGGUGACCAAGCCCCUAGACUGCGAUCGGGAGAUUCAUGACUCGCUGCUUCGCGCUCUUGAAGAGUCGACCCCAGAGGCUGCCAAAGCACACUUUGGAGGAGUAGCGCCAAGAAGUGUUGGUGAGGUGGUCAAUGGCUCUACGGACAGCUUCUACUCCUCACAAGGUCGCACCUCCAUCGACUUUCUUGACGCCAACGCCAAUCUCAUCGACGUACUACGGCAGCGACACUCCAUCAGUACCUUAGAGAUGGAGACUUUUGUCCUCAAUCAUCUCGCCCUCUCAGCCAACCUCGCCUCUGCCAAUAGAGCAAGCGAGUCCGGGGCGGUAGUAGCAGACGAGGCGCUGACGACGAAUGAUUCUCGAAGGAUCAGGACGGGCGCUGUACAGAUGAUCUUCGCGAAUCGUCACACCUCUGCCUUCAUCACCCCCGAGGAGGUCCACCUGCUCGAGGAUUGGGCGGGCAAGGCAGUCUGCGAAAGCUUGGCUAGUCUGGAGAUACCGCUAGAGCAUACACACAAGGAUGGGGUAUGGAAUGGACAAUGAUGAGGUUUGUAGAGCAGGACCGACGGGGAUGCGGCAAUUGCAUCCUCUUUGAUACCAAUUUACUUCUUGCCCUUCUUCUUGCGCGGUGCUCUAGCAUUCUUCUCCCUCCUACGAUCCUUUGCCAUACGCU